ACGUAGCUCUUGAYAAUACACGGAACCCACGGUGUGCUAAGUGAAGUGACAGACAGCUAAAACUUUAAAGGUUUUAAAUGAACUGUUCUAUUUGAUUUGUUUGCAGCUCUUGGGAGUCUAUUAGUGCAGAUUAUUUGUUUGUAUGCGUUCCUGUAGCGUGUCUACUUUUUAACUGUCCAAACUCAACCCAACCUGUCAAGCCGUGCCAAUGACGAGGAAUGGAUAGUGUGCCAGUCAAAGGUGGAAGGAUGGUUCAAAGUAAUUAACUAUCGGACMGGGACAGUGAAGGUGGCGCAGCGAUGGACAAGGACGCACUCCGUCAGUGCGAACUCAUCCAGAAUAUGAUCGAGAUCUCCAUCUCUAGUUUACAAGGACUCCGAACCAAAUGCGCUACAUUGAGCGACCUCACUCAGAAAGAAAUACGCACUUUGGAGGUGAAGCUGACUAAGUACAUCUGUAAGCAGCUGCAGUGUAAGGAGAGAGUGCCUGAGAGACAGAGGACCCAGGCUCUGGCCAGCUACCCUCGACUCGGAGACUGGCUCUGCACCAUCAACCUCAGACCUGAACUCAUACAGGCUGUACCAGUGAAGCUGUCCCUGGAUGCUUUGCUGCAGAUGUCCAGUUGUCAGGUGCAGGACACCAUGAGACGGCUGGGCUCCAACCCAGAGGAGUGUUCUCGACUCACCGUUGCCCUCUCCUGCCUGAAGAAUGCCACUGAGACAGGUGGGGACAUCAGGGAAGACACAGGAACCUUGAUAUCAGAGUCGCCCCACCGUGACAGUAACACAUUACCUCCUCCGGACCGUCGCCCCUCCACCCCUGCCACACUACCCCGUGGCCCCAUCCUCAGUCCCCACACCCACGCCCGUUCUGUCUCUGUGACUGUCGUACCCUGUGUGGACGAUAAGGGGCAUCAAGUCUACACAGGCGACAUGACGGACACUUUCCCCUCCUCGCCGCUGCUCCUCUCCAAUUUCCCUCCCUCCAAGAGACGCACCAAGCACCCCCCACCCGCGCCCCCACCCCCCUCCCGAAUGCUGCUGCAUCUCCCCUUCAACAUCACCCUCACACGCAGCAAGAGCCACGAGUCACAGCUGGCCAAUCGCAUAGAAGAGCCAGUGCCCAACAACAAGAGGGGGAAGAAGAACAAGCUGCUCCUGAAUAUGCACAUUAACAGUAGCAGUGGGAACGGGUGUGAAGACUCCGCCCACACCCCUGGUCCGGCCACCACCCCCUACACCCUCCCAGGCACCCCCACGCUGCUCGAACAUAACCUGGCAUUGCACCGGGGGUCUCCACAGAUAAUGAGGAGAGAUAUCGGCCUCUCUGUAACACACAGGUUUUCAACCAAAUCCUGGCUCUCACAGACAUGCCAGGUGUGUCAUAAGAACAUGAUGUUUGGUGUUAAGUGCAAACACUGCAAGUUAAAGUGCCAUAACAAAUGUACCAAAGAAGCCCUUCCCUGCAGGAUAUCUUUUCUCCCACUCCCGCAAAUCCGCCGGGCAGAAUCUGUACCAUCCGAUAUCAAUAAUCAAAUUGACUGUACGGCAGAGUUACCAAUCCAGUUUGGCACUUUACCUAAGGUGCUAACCAAAAAGGACUACCCUCCCAUGCUGAGACAGAUGGAUUCCAGCAGUAACCCCUCCUCCACCACUUCCUCUACACCCUCAUCGCCCACCCCCUUCCAGCAGAGCAACCCCCCCAGCGUCACCGCCACACCGCCCGCCAAUCCCUCGCCCAGACCCCAGGGGCCCCGAGACAGCCGAUUCCACUUCCCAGCUGGCUGUUAUUCACAACCUAGACAACAGUUUAUCUUCCCUGACGUUUCCUCUUCACCGUAUCCUGUUGGACUAGACUCUGAAGGCCACCAUGGCACUGGAGACACACAGCAACUGGCCCAAUCAGAACCUCCAUCUCAGGGACAGGAAGGAGGAUCGGAAGAGGAGGCAGAAGAGGAGGAAUACCUAGGAGAGGAGGAUGAGGGAAAUGGUAGCAGGGAGAGCAGAGAGAAGGGCCACACAAAUGGAGAGUGUGAUGGGGACGAGUUAGAGGACCUGCCCAGCUACCGGGGCAGGAUGGCCAGGGGCCGAUGGAGGGGACCCAUCUCCCGUAAGGCCAGCCAGACCAGCGUGUACCUGCAGGAGUGGGACAUCCCCUACGAGCAGCUGGAGCUGGGGGAGCUCAUUGGCAAGGGCCGUUGGGGGAAGGUGCAUAAGGGGCGCUGGCAUGGAGAGGUGGCCAUCCGGCUGCUAGAGAUAGAUGGUAAUAAUCAGGACCACCUGAAGCUGUUUAAGAAGGAGGUGAUGAACUACAGGCAGACCCGCCACGAGAACGUGGUCCUCUUCAUGGGGGCCUGCAUGGCCCCGCCACACCUCGCCAUCAUCACCAGUUUCUGCAAAGGUCGGACACUAUUCUCUGUUGUAAGAGAUGCCAAGAACACACUAGACAUCAACAAGACAAGGCAGAUUGCUCAGGAAAUUGUUAAGGGUAUGGGCUACCUUCAUGCUAAAGGAAUCGUUCACAAGGACCUGAAGUCCAAGAAUGUGUUCUAUGACACAAACAAAGUGGUAAUCACAGACUUUGGUCUUUUUGGAAUGUCUGGAGUGGUACAAGAGUACCACAAGAGGCGAGAGAACGAACUAAGGCUCCCUCAUGGCUGGAUCUACUACCUGGCCCCUGAGAUCGUUCGCAGGAUGGGUACUGGGAACCAUGAGGACCGCCUGCCUUUCUCCAACGCUGCAGACGUCUACGCCUUUGGCACCAUUUGGUACGAGCUGCAGGCCCGUGGCUGGCCACUCACCAACCAGCCGGCAGAGGCCACCAUCUGGCAGGUGGGCAGCGGAGAGGGCAUCAAGAAGGUCCUGGCAAAGGUCAGCCUGGGCAAGGAGGUUACGGAGAUACUGUCUGCCUGUUGGUCCUUCAAGCCAAAAGAGCGUCCCUCCUUCACCCAGUUGACUGACAUGCUGGAAAAGCUGCCGAAGCUCAACCGCAGGCUCUCCCAUCCAGGACACUUCUGGAAGUCAGCCGAGCCCUGGGUUCAUCAUCAUUGCCUGCGGGACCAUUGCACUAAGGGCCUGCAGUCUCGCUGCCCCUACAUAUACAAAUAACACAUCUCUCAGUGGCAACUUGUGCUUAUCAAUUCUAAGGAAUAGCCUGUUUGUUAUUAGAUUCAGAGGAAUUCAGAAGAAUGGACUACCCUGCAUAAUGACAUCAACUGGUAUCACAGCCAAUAGAGUAACCGAUAUAUAGAGUAAUGUAUCUUUGUCAACUUGCUAAAUGUACCAUAAUGCACUGCCUGGGUUGUUUGUUGUUCUUUGCCUAACUGCAGUUCAUGUAUUGACAUUUUGGUACUAGUAGUGGCUAAUGCAAACAGUCUAGUAUAACCGCUUGCUUUCUUAAAAUUUACCUCUCUCUCUCACGCUCGCUCUGUACUCUCUCUCUCGCUUGCUCUCUUCUCUCUUUUCCUCUUUCUCUCUCUUUCUCUCUCUCUCACCCUACAACUUAGGUUCUAGCCUUCAGUGUGCAAGAGGAAGUAAUACUAUGAGGUUCAAUGUCAAAUGUUGAUUUGCCUCUUGUGCACUCUGUGUGCCUGUGUCAGCAUGCCCUGUGUGUGUGUGUGUAUAGGGACAUGUGCGCAUGCUUGUUUGGUUGGUAGCUGAAUGUAAUGUGCUGGACAUCCAGAGGUUAACCCUGUGAAAGACUGUAGUGAUUGAAUGUUAGCAGUGAUAACAACACAAAGAUAAAUGUAUCCAAUAUAUAAAUAUAUAUAGAAUUGUUUUAUUUAAUGUACAGAUAACAUUUAUUUUAUUAUGUGUACAAAGUCUUUAUAUUACAUUGUACGUUACAUUAUAGGUACUUCACAUCUAAUUAUGUAGAGCUUCAAAAUCUAUUUUUCCCUCACAAAACACUGUGUAAACAAAUUGUACAUUACUUAAAGAUGGGUUGGUGUUUCUUAUGUCAUAAGAAUGUAUAUUUUUGUACAGAUUGUGGCUACACUCUGAAAGAGUUUCUGGUUUCCUCAGUGAAAGAUAAUAAAACUAAACUCACGUCA